AUGAGCCAACCAGUGAAGGAUUUCGAAGUUAACUCUGACCCUACAUUAUCUAACUCUGUUGUACCUCAUAUGGAAGGACCAUCAUUUAGAAAUCCCAUACCCUCGACAUCAAAUGGAAUCAUUGGGCCACCAGUUCUCCCGCCGAGACCUGAUUUCGGAAUGCAACCCAGUUAUAAUAUGAAUCCUGGUUACUCUUAUGGUAUGGGUGGUUCGUAUGGUAUGGGCGGAUAUGGUGGUUUUGGAUAUGGAGGAAUGAACAGUGGUUAUGGUAUGGGAGGUAUGGGAAUCAGUAUGGGUGGUCCUUAUGGAGGAUACAAUAGAUAUGGACCAAUGUAUGGUGGUGAUAUUGAAAGCAGAUUCAUACAAAUGGCAGAAGAGAAUUCAAGACCAGCUUUUGAUUCAAUACAGAGUUUGGUAAAUGCAGUUGGCAGUGUUGCCAUGAUGUUGGAGAAUACAUUUUUUGCAUUGACCAGCUCUUUUAGAGCUAUAUUAGGUGUAGCAGAAAACUUUGGCCGUCUAAGGUCAUUAUUUGCGCAGUUCUGGUCGACAUUUGCAGUUGUCCGUACUUUGAACUGGCUGGUGAGGAAGUUAUUGGUCAUACUCGGUAUCAGAACGGAGAAUGAAUUCAAGGCGUGGGCAGACGCGGUAGCGGCCACAAAGUCGGGCACCGCUACCGCCGAGCAAAAGGCCAAGGGCUCCAGUUGGCCCAUACUACUGUUCUUCGGAGUCGUCGCGGCUGCCCCUUAUAUUGUAUUGAGGAUGCUAAAUGGAUUAUCUUCCAGCAUUAAUGAGAAAUUGAACGAUCCAACAUCGUGGCAAAAUCCACUCCGUGCGGUUGCCCAACACGAUUUUCAAGCUACGUCUCCUCAGGAGAUCAGUUUCGGUGCCAACCAGGUCCUCACCCUCGCACCUCAACAUCUGCAAGGAAACCUCUGGAACUCCGGCUGGCUGAUGGCAACAACUGACAGACAAUUUGCAGGAUUAGUCCCUGUUAACUAUAUUAAAGUUAUUAGACCGAAUAAUGAAGCUACAAAUAACGAAACGAUAGAAAAACCUACAGAAUCAAAUCCGGAAGAUUUAGAUCAAAUAUUUAAACAAGAUUUGUGAGUUAAAUUGCGACUUGAAACCUUGGCAAAGAUUUAGUGUUGGGCUUCUUGAACACGACUAUGACCAUAGACAAUAAGUAAAUGUCAAACUUUUUGUAUAAAAAUAUAUUUCGACUACUAUGAAUUUGUAUUGUAACGGAAUUGACUAGUUACCAUAAUUAUGAAUUUAUUUUAUUUCCAUAAAUACUUAUACUGAAUGAAUUUAAUGUUUUGAAACUUUCUUAUAAAAUGGAUUUUAUGAGUCACGCCUAAAUAUUUUUAUUUCAAACAUUGUAGUCAUUCAAUGUGUUUGAUCUUAUUAGGUUAAUUUCAUUUUAUGUAUAUUUGUAUAGUAGUCUAGAAUAUUCUUGGACUAUUAUCUUAAAUUCAGGAAACUUAGGUUUUGUUUUUAUAACCAUUGAGUUGUGGAUGCGGUUUUAGGUUACAGAAAAAAGUUUGUAAGAAAACAUUGUCAACUAAGUUUUUUUUUUUAAUAUUCGUGGUCAAUUUUCGUUUCGGCAGAUGUUAUAAAACUAUAUAAUGUUUUAGUCAUAAAUUCAUUUUAUUUGGGUCUUUUUACUACAAUUUUAUAUUUCCAGGGAUUGUUUAGUAUAAAUAGGGUUGUUUGUAGAUAUUUUUUAUGUUGUAAAAUAAUUUAUUUGUAAUAACCAAACUUUAUCUAGCUUUUAUCAUAUUUUAUUGCUAAAACACCUUAAUUGUGCAUAAGGGUUCACAAAAUUUUUACAAUAAAUUAGUAUUGACUGAUGUUGCAUUUAAGUGGUGUUCUAUUUUAAGUUUAUAUAAUAGAAUCAAAAUAUACAGCUCUCAUGUUAUAAAAAAGUCAUAUUUGGUAUAUUAUUUACUAUCACAUAGUUAUUUAAAAAUAAAUGAUAAUUCCAGUAACUGUUUAUUUCACAACAUAGUCUAAAAUUGUACUCAUUCACACACAUUACCCUGCACUCUUCCCUAUGGAGGGUCAACAGAGUACUCCAGAACUGAUCCAUACAUUUCUAUCAGCUGUCUUCUUUUACACAAUCCAUCCAUA